AUGAAAAUCCCACAAUUACUAAGCCGUAGAGCCACCAAUCGUCUACGAGCCUCAACAUUCUCAUAUCAUCUUCAUCACCCUCUCACAUCGCGAUUCUCGACAGACGCAGCUUCUCACCCCUCUAAUAAAGUCCAAAUCUACCUCUCCAAAUCAACAGAUCCCUUCCUCAACCUCUCCGUCGAGCAUCGCCUCCUCCAAAUCACGCCUCCUGACUCAACCAUCCUCACGCUCUAUGUCAACUCCCCCAGCAUCGUCUUUGGCCGCAACCAGAAUCCGUGGCUCCAGAUCAACCUAAAUCGCUUAGCUCAAAUUGCUCAAAAUCCAUCCGCUGCCAGAUGGAAGGACUCGCCUAUCCAAUUGAUACGACGGCGAUCCGGAGGUGGCGCGGUAUUUCACGAUGUCGGCAAUGUCAACUUCAGUGUUAUUUGCCCUCCCGAGCACUUUGAUCGGAACAAGCACGCUGAAAUGGUAGUUCGCGCCUUGAAAGCGCUGGGAAGACCGAACACGCGUGUCAAUGAGAGACAUGACAUCGUCAUGGAUGUGACGUCGGAAGCUGAAGCAGCAACGUAUAAAAUCUCAGGCUCGGCUUACAAGCUCACGCGUCUGCGAUCGCUGCACCAUGGAACGUGUCUUCUCCGGAGCCCCAAUCUUUCGAGCAUCUCUGGCUUGUUGCGAUCUCCUGCGCUUGGCUAUCUAGAUGCCCGAGGCGUCGACAGCGUGCGCCGUCCAGUAAAGAACAUUGAUGUCGGUAAUGACGAUUUCAAGGAUGCUGUGGUGAGCGAAUUUGAGAGCAUGUACGGAGACGUUCAUUUCCGAGGGGAAUUCGACGACACGGCGCUUCAGGUAGACGAAAUCCGACGAGGCUAUCAGGAGCUUCAGUCAAAGAGCUGGAUCUGGGGUCAGACGCCGCGAUUUACCUUUUCAACGCAUCCCACGGAAGAGGAUCCCCGGCCUCGUCCAGAGCUGCCGUUCGAUUUGAACAUGAGUCUUCUUGCUAGGCACGGCGUCAUUAAUGAGGUGAACAUUAAGCAUAGUGAUGGAGCUGCUGUCGACGCCUUAGAUGCCUCUAUAUUCCAAAGAGUUUUCAUAUGGGAGAUUGACGACUGGGCAGAGUCGCUUACACAAGCUGGUCUCGGGGGCACCCUCAGCAAGGAAGCAGGGGCUUGGCUAAACGGUAUAUUUGGCACUGAAUAUACCAAGAUGUGA